AGCAGCAGCAGCAGCGGGGCUUCCCAGUGUGUGCUCGCAAUUCGGGAUGAUGACCGCCCGGCUCUCCUGCUCGCUCAGCGCGCUGUUUUUCCUGUGUCUGUCUGGAUGCUGGAGCUCACUACUUGCCGCUCCACGACUUAACGACACAGUGGUCCUUCACUGUCCGGGGAAGCUGACGGUGAUGCCAUCCAGUCGAGGAUGUGCUUCAGACAGAGACUGUUCAGGAGGACAUAAGUGCUGUGUGUUUGACUGUGGAGCUGUGUGUGUCCCACCAGCUUUCACGAAGCCAGGAGUUUGUCCACACAGAAGAUUUGGAGCAGGAAUGUGUGCCGAGUACUGUGUCAAUGACAGCAAUUGUCCCAGCAAUGAGAAAUGCUGCAGCAAUGGAUGUGGACAUGAAUGUACACCUCCAUAUACAGUGAAGCCUGGUCGAUGUGCCUUACCGAGGGGAACCCCAAUGUGUGCUGAAUACUGUUAUCAUGAUGGCCAGUGUCCUGCUAAACAGAAGUGCUGCCCGACCACCUGCGGUCACGCAUGUGAUGACCCCUGCUGAUUUAAACAUCCCCAACAUUGAUUUCACCUCAUAACUCAUACUUGAGUCAUUUUAACCCAGUAUUUCAUUCAGAGGGAACAAUGUCUGUUUAUAACCACCAAAUAAACCUCAUAGUUUUAGUAAACA